AUGUCAUCAAAAGCAAGUACCCACACAAAAAUAUCCCCAGAAGAUACCAUUUUUGUACAGCUCCUCAAACAAUUUUUCAGGUUAACUGGCAGAAAUGUUGCAGCUAGGCCGAAUUUUUUCAUUUUCAUCUCUUUACUUGUUACCAUUCUGAGCUCUUCAUCUAUCUUUUUAACCAAAAUGACCAAUGAAGUGACUGAUUUUACACCAAAAGAUGCAAGGGCCCUCAAAGAAUUAAAAAUUUAUAAUGAUUUUUUUGGUCGUGAAGGGGAUCCAAUUGUAAUUUUUGUGUUUAUAACUGCAAAAGAUGGCGGUUCAAUGUUAGGCGUACCGCAACUCAAUGAAACUGUUCAGCUACUUGAUUCAAUAGCCAAUGAUGUAAAAAUAAGGGAUGAACAAACGAAUAAAACAUUGAUUUUUUCACAGUUUUGCACCAGUUUCUGUGAAGUAAAUGAACCGGUUCGAAAUGUUUAUAAUGGUUUGAUGAUAAAUGAGCAAUACAAUGGAACAUCGUUGCAAAUCAAUCUUGCUUAUCCAUUAAGUACCAUUCUUGGUCAAAGAUUUCGCAUUGAUGAUAAUUUUUUUGGUGUACAAGCAAGUUUUCUUUUCUUUUAUGCUUUUGUCGGGAAACAAAAUGCUUUAUUGGAUGCUCAGCUGGUAUUAUUGCAAUUUCGAGCUAUACUUCAAGACACUGUUGAUUGUAAUAGUGCUGAGCUAUAUGAAAUGGCAGUUACAAAUUUUAUACAAAAGUAG